AUGAUCAUUUACAGUCUAUACAUCCUUAACAAAGCAGGUGGCUUGAUCUACCAAAAUGACCUCAACCCAGGAUUGGCAAGGCUCAAUGCUAACGAUUAUCUUGUAUUAGCUGGCACUCUACACGGAGUGCAUGCCAUAGCUACAAGAAUACGACCAGUAGAUAACACUAUUCCUCAAGACGAGGUCCCUUCUGCGAACACUUCAAUUCUAACAUCGGGCAAAGCAAAGUUGCCAAACACAAAUAGCCUGGGACUUCAGCACAUGGACACCGAUCUUUUCAGUUUGUAUGUAUUCCAGACAUUGACAGGACUAAAGUUUGUAAUCAUCACUAGCCCGGGGAAGUCUGGGCAGCAGAAUAACCAGACACGUGGCGGUUCCUCGUCCACUUCAAAGGGCGACCUUACACGGCAAUUCCAGUCUGUGGGGGCUGUGUACAAAGAGAUCUAUCAGUUUUAUUGUGACUACGUGAUGAAGAACCCUUUUUAUGCUUUGUACAUGCCUAUCAAGUGUGCCAUGUUUGAGCAAAAAGUGAGAGCCAUGGCCAACAUACGUAUUACCGUUUGA